GCACUUUGUUACUUCUGUUUUCUUUUUCUCCCUGUGUAUGCUUGUGUGUGUGUGUUCCCACACCUAUAUGUGUGACUGUGCAAAUAUUUGCCUUUGAGAGAGAGAAUAGUUUUUGUUUUUCUUUCAGUAGCCAAAAUUUAAAGCAUUGCUUUUUCUUUGAUUCUAUCGCUUUUAAGGUGAUCUUUCUUAACACAAGAUAAUAAAGCAGUAGUGUCCUAAAGAAUGCUGUUUAAAUAUUAAUCAGCAUCAGCCUCUCCUACAGCUUUGGAUGGAUACCAGUUAUGAGUCGCUAGUGGAUGAAUCAGAAAACAACCACUUGAGUAAUUCUGUGUUCUGUUGUUCAGAUGAGAAUCUCCGAUGAGAAAGAAAAUAUGUGUUUGUUCUUCAACUUUGAAUUAUUAUUUCACCAACUUCCUUCCUCUUUGGCAAGCCUUUUUGAUCAAGAAGACAACUGUGAUUAACAAUAGUAUGAGUAAUAGUCACAUGAUUACUUCUAGUUUGGGAAAUGCUGCUUAAACUUUCAGUUACUCUUUAAAAGUGGUGUAGCUCUAGUUUGCAGCUGUGCUGUAAAAACGAGUAACAUUUUUAUAUUAAAUAAAGCUGUAGCUUUUAAGAGAGGUUCUGGAAGCUAUGACACAAAGCUGCUAGCAGCAAAUCAAGAAACUGAUUAAAAGAAGAAAGUAAACAAUCAGAGUGCCACCCAUACCAAAUGGGAGAGGUUCCAAAGGGGUAUGCCAGUAGUGUUGGGAGCCUGACUAGGAUUCCAGCCCACAGGACUUGUGGAAUGAACUUCCUAUAGCAUAAUGUUGCUUGGCAGCCCCUCUAAGUUGACAUCUUCUUUGUCCAGGUGUUCUGAGCCGACAUAAAAAGUGUUUUAUAAUCAGUGCUAAUGAUAUCUAAUUGUAUUGUUGUAACGAUCGGUGUUAUGAACAGACAUAAAAAGUGUUUCAUAGUGGGUGCUAUUUUAAUAAUAAUAUCUAAUGCUAUCAUGGUACUAAUAGUAAAACCAACUCCAGAUUCUCAAAGAUUUUGCCCAUAUGAUUGGAUUGGUUUCCAAAACAAAUGCUAUUAUUUCUCUAAAGAAGAAGGAGAUUGGAAUUCAAGUAAAUAUAACUGUUCCACUCAACAUGCUUACCUAACUAAAAUUGACAACAAUGAAGAAAUGGAUUUUCUUAGGCGGUACAAAUGCAGUUCUGAUCACUGGAUUGGGCUGAAGAUGGCCAAUGGAACAGGACAAUGGGUAGAUGGAGCUAAACUUAAGAAAUCGUUUGCCGUGAAAGGGAGUGAAGGAUGUGCCUACCUCAGUGAUGAUGAUCCAGCAACAGCUAGAUGCUACACAGAAAGAAAAUGGAUUUGCAGGAAAGAAAUACACUAAGUUAAUGUCAUAGAUAACAGGGAAACAAAAAGUAAGAUUAUUAAGGAUGAAACAAAGUAUUUUUUAAUUAAACAAAGUUGAAGUUUUGUUAUCUGUCUGGUUAAUUUAUUCUUAUGAAUCAGGCUACACAUAAAACCCACUUCAAACACUGGCAAAAUGGUUACAGGUAUUCUGUUGAGUUUUUUGUUUUUUUUUUUUUUUUAACUUUAAGCCUGAAAAUGAUUUUGGAGAUCAAGGAUAGACAUGGCACUUUGACAGGACUUUCACAUCCGAAUCUAAAACAAUAUGAGUACCAGAAUAGGAGAUUAUAACCUAUUGAACAAAAUGUAAAACUGGGAGUCCACAAAGAUAUAAUUGGAAACAUGAAGUACCUUCUGACAGAGCAAGAAUUGCACUGAACAACAUCACACAGACAAUGGCUAUUUUAUUCAAGAUUGUUACCACAGGGAAAAGUCUGAACUAAAAUCUGCCAAAACAAAAUGGGGUGGAGCUUUAAGAGUGAAGGUGAAGAGUAGAUCAUACACCAUCCACAUUUGCUAAUUGUCUUUACCCAAAAGAAAAUUAAACUUUCUUUGAUCUGCAAAAGUCGAUGAAACAAAUGGGGUCAUUCUUGUCAUAUGCAACUAAAACAGAGUAGACAGACCAGGGGAAAAAGGCACUCAGGGCACAUAGCAUUGCUUCAAAAAUGUAAUUUUCUACAAACCUAGCUGCUAAAACUGCCUGUUGUAGCCUAAAACCAGUUUUACCUAACAGUUGUUAAAAUAACUUGCUGUGACUGCAAGACUGGUUUUACCCUCCACUGUCACACACCAAUCAGAACUUGCCAGCUCCUCAAAACUUUGCUAGAGCCAGUAAACUUUCUUUCAAAACAAUAAGUAACUUUCUUUUUUUAAUAACACCUCCAGUCUUUGUUUUGUUCUUUAGACAAACCAAAGACCCCUGGUCCCUGCAUUUAUGCCAAAUUACAAUUCUCACCUCUCUAAUAAAACAUUUUAAAUGCAGAAAUCUGUCCCUAUAUUUUAUUUUGAUUUUGACCUACUUGGUGUCCAGCUGUGUUCCAAAGCUGAUUCAGUUUGGGAGAAUCACUGGUCCACAGCGCUAGGGCAUGACGUACUCACACAGGGUCUCAUUGACUCUCAUGACUGCACUGCUUCUGCAGGUUGCCUCAUUUCUUCCUGGUGAGUCUCUUGGGCUCAACUCCCAAUUUUAGUUGACUUCUGUUUUAUUUGGAUUUUGUUGGAGAUGUCUUUCUGCCUCUGAUUGGAAGAUCUCCUGUUAGGGAGGACCAUCUUCCUCCUGGCAGAUCUCAGCUGUGAGGUCUGGGUGACAGGAUUUCUCUUUUCAGGUUGAAGGCUCAACAAAAGCAUUUUUCUUUUUUCCUUCAGUUGGAGAAGGCAGCUGAUCUUCCUUCUUGGGUUUAUUUGGCCUUU